AAAGUAGGCAGGUGAUUUGGUAUCGAGCCCCAGUGAUACAGAUAUGUGGAGUCAGGAAAGCGCUGUGCUAAGAGGCAGUUUUGUCUAAUUACCUCCUUUCAGCUUCACUGCAGCUCAGAGCGAGAGAGAGUGGGGGGGAGAGAGACUCGCUGCUUGCCAGCUGACACUUGCUGUGCUGUCUGAUGCGUGUUUUUAUGUUUCUCACAAAAGCUCUCCUUUGCAAUGCUGUGUACUCAGCCAUGUUUAGGCUACAGAGCUUGUCCAAACUCACCACUAUGCUUGGCUGCAAACAGCGGGGUAAUUAAAGUUUAUAAUGAAGAUAACACCAGCAAAGCUGUAGAGGUUCCCACUGACGUUACUGCCCGGGACAUUUGCCAGCUAUUUGUCUUGAAGAACCACUGCAUUGAUGACCACAGCUGGACUCUUUUUGAACACCUCUCCCAUCUGGGAAUAGAGAGAACCAUUGAAGACCAUGAGUCGGUUAUGGAGGUGUCUUCAGGCUGGGGGAUGGACUCAGACAGCCGGCUAUAUUUCAGGAAGAAUUAUGCUAAAUAUGAAUUCUUCAAGAAACCCCUGGACUUUUUCCCAGAUCACAUGGUCUCCAUAUCCACUGAAACCAAUGGCAUGGUGGAUCACUCUGAGCUCAUACAGACCUUUCUCAAAUCCAGCACUUGUCCAGAGAUCCAUGGAUACCUCCAUGCCAAAGAGCAAAGCAGAAAGUCUUGGAAGAAGUUUUAUUUUGUCUUGCGGAGGUCGGGACUUUAUUUCUCCAAUAAGGGGACUUCCAAGGAACCAAGGCAUCUCCAGUUCUUCGCUGACUUCAGUGACAGUCAUGUCUACACUGUGUUGUCAGCCAAAAAACUACAUGGAGCACCUACAGAGUUUGGCUUCUGUGUCAAGUCCACCAAGUGCGGUUCAGCCCGGGACUUGAAGCUGCUUUGUGCCGAUGAUGAGCAGACCAGGACCUGCUGGAUCACAGCCAUGCGCUUGUUAAAGUUUGGGAUGCAACUCUACCAAAAUUUUGUUCAGCCACACCAGAAGCAAAAAGCUUCACCAAUGAGGAGCAUCUCAGAGAACUCACUGGUAGCCAUGGACUUUUCUGGCCAGAAGAGCCGGGUGAUCGAGAAUCCGUCUGAGGCGCUGUCUGUGGCGGUAGAGGAAGGCCUGUCCUGGAGGAGGAAAAGCUGCCACCGUCUGAGUGGUCAUGGGAGCCCCUCCACAGCACAGAGCUCUGUGCCAAACAUAGCUAUCCACUUGGCUCAGCCGUGGUUCCACGGAAAACUGUCCCGGGAAGAGGCUCAGCGUCUGAUCACUCAACAGGGUCUUAUUGAUGGAGUGUUUCUUCUGAGAGACAGCCAAAGCAACCCGAAGACUUUUGUUCUGUCGCUGUGCCACAUGCAGAAAAUCAAACACUUUCAGAUCUUACCAGUGGACGAUGAAGGGGAGUUGUUCUACAGUCUGGACGAUGGCCACACUCGGUUCACCGACUUGAUCCAGUUGGUGGAGUUUUACCAGCUAAACCGUGGGGUGCUGCCCUGCAAGCUCAAGCACCACUGUGCCCGGAUCACCCUGUGAACAAGGGACCCACGAGACCCCCGAGGGCCCACACGCACCUUAACUCCAGGUUCUUCUGGACAAACACUCCCAGUGUUCUCGUGCCUUGAGGAAGAUACACAGACUGUUGUUUUCAAAAUGUGGUACAUGGUCCAGCCUUACUUCUUUUUUUUUUCUCUUUUUCAGAAAAAUUUCACAUUGGACUGUAUAAUAAAUGACUACUGGUGCUUAAGACCACGUGCGACAUUAUUUUCCGGCCCUGUAAUGUGUGCAUAUGCAGCAGUAAAUCCAUUGCGCAAAGUCCAAGCAUGACUUCUUGUACUGACUACUUGGGAAGCUGAAUGUGUUCUGGAGACCGCUUUAAAUCUGACAACAUCACGACAGCGGUGAAAGAAAAUAGUUUUUCACUCCUGGAAUCGGAGUUUUUACUGAAAUCUGCUGCAGAAUGAAUAGAAUAAUUAUAUAUAUACCUGUCAGUUCUGGUCGGUCACAGCUCAUGACGGUUGUAUCCCAACAAAGUGCAUCGUUGUGUAUUAACAACCAUAUAUCGCUGGAUGCUGUGGGAUAUAACUCCAUCCAGGUAAAUUUAAGUAAAACUAAGCUAUCUUACCUUUCAUUGUCAGUGCUUCUCUAAGUAUUCAGGGGUUUUUUCUCCAGUUUUUCUAAUGGAUAGAUAAAAUGACCUCUCAGGAAGUGCCACUGUGCAUGCCCUGAUUGAAAAUAAUUAGAGAAAAAAAAAAGCGUCAUGUCCAGGCUGACACGUAACCUCACCGCUCUGCACUGUGCAUUAUUUUAAAAGUAUGUGAUUAAAUGAAAUAUUUGUAAUUACUUGUGAGCUUUCUCUUAGAACAAGACCCGUGAAAAAUACUUCACCAGUUUCAGAUCUAAGCUAUUAAGGACACGCUGUAUUAUUGAUGUUGAUGGUAUCGGAAUUCACUGUACAUUGAAAUUCAGGUUUUAUAUUUUCCAAAGAUGCAGGUACACAGUUUGUAGCACCUGAGGUGGUUGUAUCUUGAUGUUACUGCCACUCUUGUGGUUUGAUGGCAUUACUGCUAAUAGGGAUAUUAAUCAUCAUACACUUUUAAAAGCCAACGAAGCAGUACUUUCUAGGUAGUGUAAAGAAGAAUUUUAAAUCAUGAUUUAUUUUUUAUUUUGAAGCUGGACAGUGAAUGUCAUGGACUGCAUAGUUUUAUAUAUAAACCAUAUCUCUUUGUAA